CAGAGUUUAGGAAGGGUCAUUUGCAGCGGGUCUUCGUCUGCUUAGUCAUGUCUUCAAUUGGUAGUGGGGUUUGUUCUGUUGAUAUCACGAAGAUACGUUUAGUAUGACUUGACUGCAUCUCAGUUUUCUCGUGGUGGAAAUGUUUUUCAAAUUGAGUAUGCUUGUAAGGCAGUGGAGAACAGCGGCACAGCCAUAGCCAUUCGGGGUAAAGACUGUGUAGUUUUCGCGGUUGAAAAUAUUGUUACAUCAAAGCUCUAUGAACCUGGCUGUGUAAAGAGAAUAUACAACAUCGACGACCAUAUUGGUAUGGUUGUCAUGGGAUUCCAGACCGAUGCUAAAGCCAUUGUUGAGGCUGCAAGAGAUGAAUGUGCGAAUUACCGCGACAGUUUUGGAAGUCGUAUACCUUUAUAUUCCUUGACAGAGCGGCUGGCUAUGUAUAUGCAUGCACAUACACUUUACAGCGCUGUAAGACCAUUCGGUGUGUCAGUUCUACUUGGAUCAUACGAAGGCGAUGGUCCUCACUUGUAUGUUAUCGAACCAUCUGGUUUAUCUUUUGCCUAUUUUGGUUGCGCUAUCGGUAAAGCCAAACAAAAUGCAACAACGGAAAUAGAGAAGCUUAAAAUAAACGACUUGUCUCCAGAAGAACUAAUUAAGGAAGCCGCCAAAAUAAUUUAUACUGUGCAUGAUGAAAUCAAAGAUAAAAAUUUCGAACUGGACCUAAGUUGGGUUGGUGCGAAUACACAGGGUAAGCAUCAAUCUGUUUCUCGCAAACUGUUUGAGGAUGCAGAGACAUUUGCAAAACAGGCUUUAGAAGAAGCUGACGAUCUGGACGAUGAAGUGGAAUAAAAGCUGUACAUCUAUUCUUUUCUACCCAAAAAAUAUUGUUGAUAUCACU